AUUCGAUCGAUAAAGAAGUUCGCGUUCAGUCGAUUUUUUUUUGUGUUUGCUCCAAUAUUUACAGCUGUGUUGCGACGUUGGCGAACAAACGUCGCCAAAAUAAAAAAAAAAUCGCUGCAAAAAUUUAAUUUAUAACCCGAGACACCAAUAGCUUGCGCUCGCGAUGGACGACAUUAACAGUCGUAAAAAUUUCCAACGCAAUCGUACCUUUGCCAAAUAUGAACAACGUCGUUGGAGUGUCUUAAACGAUAAUCAUUCAAAAUCGGAAUUUUAUAUCAACAACAUUGGCUCCAAGGAAACACGAGAUGUGUCCUCCUCCACAAUGGAUAUAUCCAAAGAUCCAUUUAUGGAAGAGAAAUCAGAAAUGCCAUUAAAACCUCUAUCUAUGGACGACAAAAAUCUAUCAACCAGCUCUCCCAUGCUUGAUCAAACUUCUCAAGGGGGUUGUGUGACACCUAAAACACCGGAACCCUCUCUCUUGGGUGUUAAGGAAAAACUUAUUCUCUUUGAAAAGAAAUUAAAAUCGGAUGUUUGGAUAAGUUUUACGGCAGCCAGAGGCAAAGGAAUUGAAAGGGGAACAAAUCUGCGAAAAUUUAUUUCAAAAUGGGAAAUUGGUCCAACGAAGUCAUCUGAGAAAUCAACUUCGACAUUUUAUCUUAAUUCGGAGGAGGGGAGAGAGCCGGAGAAUGGGGUGAAGAUUGGCAGGCACAAUUGGAAUUCAACGCUAUGUUUGAAUACGUAUCAAGGAAAAUCGAAGAAAAAUGUUAAUGUUUUCGAAAAUCAAGGUUCUUCUUAUGAAUUGGAAAACAAAGAGACUUCUGUUGGAGAACCCAAAACUGAGGACAUUGGUAAUGGCAGGACUGACGCUGAAGUUGUUGACUCUUCAUACACAUUGGAUAAUACUGUGGAACUUAAUACUGAAGUGGAAAACUUGACAACAAAAACCAAAUCAAUAGGAUUUCUGAAUAAAAUGUAUACCACAAUGGAUCAAAAUUCUCAGACAAAUGGAAAUUUUGAAAAUCGCGAGGAAAUUAAGACCCGAGAAGAAAAAAAACAGGAAUCUGAAUCAGAGGAAAAACAACAAGAAUCUGGGGCGGAAGAAACCACAAUAAAACCAGAUACAGCUGAGGAAUCUAAUGAUAGUGCAGAAAAAUAUUUGUCCAAUAAAUUGAACGAUACUUAUCAGAGUGAUUGUGUUGAACCCAAUAUUGGGGUCAAUAGUAUGAAAACGGAAGAGCAGGCCAAAGAAACCCAAAUACCUAGUUCUCCAAAUUACUACGGAAAUGAAAGGGAUUUCACCAGGAAGCUAAUAAGAGAAAUAGAUUCAAUUAAAUAUCUGGGGUGAGUUAAAUUAAAA